AUGUCGACCAGAGCCCCAGCUACAACUCCGAUCGUCACCCAAGGCCCGCCCUCGGUGCGCAUCCCCUCUUAUGAAUCUGGCGCAUUCCAUACCCCAGAAGACCUUUCACCCCUAGAUGCCGAUUUAGAGAGUUCAGAUUUCCUCAUGGCCGAGGACGCGCGGGGGGUAGACCCCCCAACUACCGUCGACGAUUCAACAACACACAGCGAGAACCACGACCCGCAAGAGACACCAGCCAUUGCUACGUAUACCACCGAGACAGGCACAGAAGCGCCCGAAAACGAAACCACGACCGCCACAUCGGAACUUGAAGACAUCAGUGUUCUUCCUCCACUGGCCGAUUGCGACGACAGCAGCUUGCUCCCCUUGAGCGAAAAUGGCGACCAUGAGCGAGGGAACAACCAGACCCUCAUCGAGGAACGUGAAAUGCGCCAGAAGCUGAUGGACAUGGAAUCGAGUUUUCUGCCCGAACCUUCGACCAUUGACAUCGCUGCGACCGGUACGAGAGCCGGCGCGGACGACACUUACCUGGUGGGCAUCGAUGGUGGUGGUUACGAUCCCGACAUGACCCAACAGACCGAAUCGUCGCAAUUCUCUUUCAUUCCCCCCUGGGAUAAGAAUCCAGAUUAUGGCCACUACCAAGAAGAAUUUGAUGAGACAAAAGACAAUGAGGAGGCUGAACCCACGACAGCUACCCAUGGGGAAUAUCUUGUCGGCAACGAGAGUACAUUAGACUCGCUGACUUCAUCUCCUUCGGCUGCCGCCAUGUUUCGAAACCUGCGCCGCAAUCAAUCCACACUGUCCGAUGACACCGCGGACCACAGCCGAAUAUUUUCCCCGGAAGAGCGACCUUUCAGAUCGCGAAUCUCCCAAGCAGAUGAAUCACAACUUACGCCCUCCAAGCUGCGAAGGUCCUCUCGCAGUCUGUCUCCUACCCAAUCAAGGCUGUUUAGUGACCAAAGCUUCAGUGCUGGUGGCAGUCGCCGCAGUGGGAGUCGACCUAAGUAUCUGACUAGCCGUCAAUCUGCCAAUCGUCUUUCACACUCCUCUGUCGCAAGCAACAACACGACCAACACGGACGCAACGAACAGUGAUGCGACGCUGGGAGCAGACUAUGCUCUCCAAUCCGGAGGAGCAGCAUCCGACAAUUGGGGUGGUCUGCACCCAGGAUCGCGCGGGCACAUGACUCGAACAACCAGCCUAGGAAGUAUGGCAUCGGGGGUCUCAGGUUAUAGCGAAGAAAAUUCUCUAGAAAGACGGCCCAUUGCUGGGCAGAUUGAUGGAGGUCUGCAGACUUUGCAAGAGGAAAGUUCACCACAGUCCCCGCGGCACCAAGCUGGAUUCGACGACGCAUCAGCACCGGCAACGCCCAAGGCCAAGCCUCAAGAUAGACCGUUCCCAACAGAUACGGCUAUUGCGGAGCGUGUCAAAGGAAUUCAAGUUCCUACCACUUUUGCUCAACGGUUUCGAGAAGACUAUGGAAACAUGGGACCAUCUCCCGAGAAGCGCGCUGGUACUUCAACUCCAGCGCUUGGACGAAGUGGCCUUGGUCGUAACAUGACUUUGAAAGAGCAAAGCAGCACGAUCGAUCGUCUUUCGAAGGAAAACUUCGAUCUCAAGAUGCGCAUCCACUUUCUCAACGAAGCGCUAAACAAACGGUCGGAAGAAGGAAUCAAGGAAAUGAUAUCAGAGAAUGUCGAACUUAAGUCUGAUAAGCUCAAAAUCCAGAAAGAAAGCCAAGGGCUGAAGCGCAAGAUUCGUGAGCUGGAAAAGCAGCUCAAAGAUCAGCAAUCGGACAAGGAAUCUAUGCUCAAUCACGAUCCCGAGGCCUCAGAUGAAGGAGGCGAUCGGGAAUCCGCAAAUGAAACCGAAAUCUCCUACUUGCGUGAACGAAUGGAAACUUAUGAGCUUGAAGUUGAGCGGCUGAGAUCAGAAAGCAUUGGCAGGGAGAGUGAAAAACGACGCCUUGCUGAGAUAGUUAAAGCGUUGACCGAAAACCGCACUGGUGCUUCCGAAACAGGCGCGAGAGAGGAGAGGGACAUGUGGAAAGAUAUGCUUGAUGCAGAGGCAGCAGCUCGUGAGCAGGCUGAGGAAGAAAAUCGGCGACUCCGUGACGAGUCUAUUCGUCUUCGAAGUGAGCUUUUCACAUCGCAAGGCGGUGGUUCCAAAUUACCCUCGCGAGAUAGAGGCUACUCGACUGUUUCGUACAAUUCAGCGUCGGAAAGAGAUGGAAAUCGUGCCACUGCUGCGGCAAUGAGCACCUCCAAUAACACACUUAUGGUGGAGCUUGAACUCUUGAAGCAAGAAAAUGCCGAACUAAGGAAGGAGGUCAGCGCUCAAACUUCUAUGCUUACAUCACGCAACCGGGAAAAAGAACGGCUUUAUCAAGAAAUUGAAGAAUUGAAGCUUGGUCAUGUUCGCCAUGCUGGCCGUUCUGUGGCUGGUGACAGUAUAUUUGAUCGGUCAGUAUCUCGGGCACAAGGAAGGCCAGGCUCUGAACCUAGCGACGGUGGUGUAUCUCGCAGUGAUAUGGAUCGGGAGGAGCUCGACGCUCGGAACGGGCAGCUCCGUGAUCAUGUGUCAACUCUCAAACUGGAGAACCAGGCCCUACGGGGGCAGUUGGACGAAUAUGUCAGGGAAUUGGAAGCUCUCGAUAAAGCCUACCAGGCUGAUGUGGACCAAGCUGAAGAGGAAAUGUCGAAUUUGCAACAAGAGCGAGAUCAAUCUCUUCAAGAGCGAGAUCAGGCUCUUCAAAUGGCUGAUGAGCGCGAUGCUGCCUUCCAAGAUCUCCGGGCCGAAGCCCAAGAGGAGCUGGAUGCCCUUGGCGAGGAGCUUGACCAGAAGAUUAUUGAAUGUCAGCGCAUGGGUGAAGACUUGAGGAAUCAGGAUGAAAGCCUCAGGGUCCUGCAGGCAGAGAUGCGCUCGGCCAGUGAGGGCAUCAUUCGACUCGAAGAAGAUGCGCAGAAUAACCUAGAGCGGUAUAAGACUGUUCAACACGAGCUUGAAGAAACCCAUGGCGAGAUGGACUCAAUGGAGAAGAACCUAUUUGAAGCCAACACCAAGGUACAGAGGCUGACUGUACAAAUUGAGUCCAGCCAGAACGAAAUCGCAUUCCUCCGAGAAGAGCAAGAUGGUGACAAGAUUCGCAUCGGGGACCUUGAGUCGGAGCUGAAGACGUACCACAUGAGCCUGGUCAGUGAGAAAGAAAAGACAAGAGAGCUGGAACAGCGACUUGCGGAUGAACGACACCAGCGCGAGGUGGUUGGAAGCAAGGAGAAGCAAGAAGUUCAGCGAAUCAUGAAUGAGCUGAACCGUGAAGCUUCAGCAGCCAAGGAAGAAGUGCGACGAUUGAAGAAGAGUCUUUUGACCCAGGAGAUUGAGACUUCGACCUGGCGGGAGCGACUUAUGGAUCUUGAAAACAACCUUCGAGAAACCCUUGGAGAUCUUAACGGCAGCCGUUCAAGCAUGAUUUCCAAUAUCAUGAAGCUUCAAAAGGAGCUAGAGUCCACCGCGCUUGACCUGGAAAGUGUCCGAUCUCAACUAGAUGAGAAGGAGUCGCUACUUCGGAAUCGCGAUGCUCUUCUAGAAAGUCAUGGCCUUGAGUCCCGCAAACUCUCUGAAGUCCUGGAGCGUGAGCGUCAGGCUCGUCGAGCUGAUAAGCAGUCUUUCGAGCAGGCACUGAAGUCUCACCAGCAGGCCUCUCGGACUAUCACUCAAAGUAACUCUCGAAUUACAGAACUGGAAAAUGCUCGCAAUCAAGAUCGCAAGCGGUUCACGUCGCUUGAGCAACAGUUCAAGGACCAACUUAACGAGCGCAACACAAUGUUUCUGGCUAUUUGGAAACGACUCUCGUCAAUCUGUGGUCCAGACUGGGCGCAUUCGAACAGUCUCAUUAACGGCAACCUUCCUAGCCAGGAAGUGAUUGGCAAUAUUUUGUUCUGGCCCGGUUUUAGUCGCAAUCUGUUACUUGCUAUUAAAACGGUUGAGGGCGUGGUUUCUCAGUUCAAGGGCCGCAUCAGAGCCGUGGAAUUUGAUCUUAACAAGCAGUACCAGCAUCUUGAGCAUUCCUUUGCUCAGCGUGUCCGGCGACUCGAUCGUGUUGAGGAGGCUGUUAAGAACAUGCGUGCUGGGGGAAACCAGUCGCACUCGAGCUCGUCGUCAGAAUUGUCCAAGUUGCGAGGGGAGAACCGGCUAUUGAAGGCUGAGAUCAACCUACUUCAAUCCAACACGCGGGGGCAUGGGGCAGCCUCCUCGGCAGCGGCAGCAGUAAUGGCAUCUGGGCCACGGUCUCCAUCGCUCGGAUCUACUGCAGAUGCGGAGCGACAGUUGACCCGUCACAGUUCCACAUCGGGUAACAGUGAAAACCCACGCUCAGAGCGAAGUCUCGCCCGCAGUGUCUCCGGUCUGCCACAACCAACACACUCGACCUCGGGUACCACAUUGGUCAACGCCAACAGCUCAGGGGCAAUAUUGUCUCGGACACGCAGUGGACAACAGAACAACUGGGAGGGUGGAGACGACAAGUGGAAACAUCGAUUGCACGAGUUGGAGAAGCGGCUUAAGGCAGAGAGGGAAGGUCGUCUCCUUGACCGUAAUGGUGCACGAAAGCGACUGGAAGAGCGCGAUAACGAGAACCAGAAGCUCCGUGAUCAGCUUCAGCGUGAGCGUACCCGAAAACCUUCUGGGGCCAUUGAAGCUGGACGCAAUCGAGCCCCCGUCUCGGACGAGAACCCCAGCUCCAGUGAAGGGGAAGGUAUCAUCUUAGAUAUCGAGGUUUAA